ACACGUCGCUUUUCAUCCCUCGGCCAUGUUGACGCCCGGAAUCUCCACAGCCUCCAUUAAAGAACAGAAGCUCGCUGAUGAGCGAAACCGGAGAAGCGAACGAGGUGGUCUCACUACCCGAGAAAACGGCGCCGAGAACUGAUUCUGUUGUUCAAGCGGUGUGCGGUGGAUUCAGCGACCUGAAAGAUGAUGGCUAGGGUUGUGAGGCGUUCGAUCUCGGCGGCAUUCAUGGUCUCGGAGAGGAGCUGGGCACCCCCGGCUCUUUCCUCCUCUUUCUCAUCCUCUUCUCCUAAUGGAUGUUCUUGGUGCUUUGGAUCUAAGACGGAUCUCCAUUUGCGCUUUUAUUCUGCCGUGGCGGCUGCGGAGGAGGUGGCCGGCGGGCUUAGAGGGAUGACGCUUAACGGCAGGCUUAGAAGCGAAUGGGACUUAUUGGGAGCGAAAGAGUACCUAGAGUAUAGGAGAUCUCUCUAUGGGGAAAUAACACACAAGGCGCUCCUCGUGGACGCCGUCGGCACUCUUCUCGUCCCCUCCCAGCCGAUGGCACAAAUAUACCGACAGUUUGGAGAGAAAUACGGUGUGCAGUUCUCGGAGGAUGAGAUACUGAAAAGAUAUCGCUGGGCUUAUGAGCAGCCGUGGGGCAGAUCCAGGCUUAGAUAUGUUGAUGAUGGGAGGCCCUUUUGGCAAUUCAUUGUCGCUUCCUCCACAGGUUGUUCAGAUUCCCAAUAUUUUGAAGAACUUUAUCAAUACUAUACUACUGACAAGGCAUGGCACCUUUGCGAUCCUGAUGCAGAAAAGGUCUUUGAAGCUGUUAGAGAAGCUGGGGUGAAAGUAGCUGUUGUUUCAAAUUUUGACACUAGAUUACGACCUCUACUAAGGGCUCUUAAGUGUGAUCACUGGUUUGAUGCUGUUGCUGUCUCUGCGGAGGUAGCAGCAGAGAAGCCAAACCCGACCAUAUUUAUCAGGGCAUGUGAGCUAUUAGGAGUGAAACCAGAAGAUGCUGUGCAUGUAGGUGAUGAUAGGAGGAACGACAUAUGGGGUGCUAGGGAUGCUGGCUGCGAUGCUUGGCUUUGGGGAAGCGAUGUCCACUCUUUUAAAGAGGUGGCUGAAAGAAUAGGAGUCAGGCUCUGAGGAGUUAACUCAGUGGUCCAUUAAGGCUUUGUUUGGGACGGCUUUAUUACUGCUUUGUAAAUUUAUUUUUUUGUACAAAAAUUAAAAUUUUUAUACCAGAAAGUUGCUUUAUGAAGCAGAAAGAAAGUCGUCCCAAACGAAACCUAACUUGUACAAUGUCUCAACUUUUUCCCUGCGAAAUCUACUGUAGAGUUUAUGCAUAAUAAGUAAUCAAAGCUUUGGACAUGGCGUCCUCUUUUUGCAUCCAAUCGGAUGUUGGAAAGCCAGUUUGAGAUGCGUCUGUAAGAUCCAAAAGCACCUAACUUUCUGCAUGUUUUCAGUAUUUAUUUUCAUUUGUUUUUGAAUAAGAUUGCUAAAACAUUAGAGAUUUUAUCUUCCUUUCAAUAAACUGCUCCAGUGUAGUUGAGUUGGAAGGUUGGUAUCAUGCUGUAUUGAAUAGAUUGAAAAGCUAAAUGCCCUCUGCACAUUUCUAGAA